GCAUCUGGAAGCUGCUCCAAUGCCGGGUGGCUACAGAUGUAGCGCGAAGGGCUCCGCAGCCAAGCCAGACAGCAGUCCGGCGACUGGGGCAUCCGGGCCGGUGCUCAAGGAGAUUGGCAUUCUGUGCAGGUGUCAUGCUUACAUGUGCAUGGACAUCUACAGCAUGUCACAGUUGUACCGGCUUGGGCGGCUGCAGAAGUUCGAUGUGCAUGCAGAGCGCUGGGAGGUGGAGGUGCGUGGCGAUGGUGGCGGCACGAAGCGGCUGAAGGAGGCCAAUCUCACGGCGUUUGUUCCGCCCGUUGUAGCCCCUGGACUCACCGUGGCCGAGCUCAAGGAGCGUGGUAACGAGUGUUUCAAAGCCUCUCAGCUGGAGGAGGCAAUUGCCUUCUACUCGGCAGCAUUGGAAACGGCAGAGAAGGUGCUCUUCAACAACCGGGCGCAGUGCUUCAUAAUGCUGUGUCGGGAGAUUCAUGGCGAGGACGCUGCGAUUGGCCAAGAGGCCCGGCGCUAUGCCAUGAGAGCCAACAUGGAUGCGGCCAAGGCAAUUGAGCUCGACCCAACAAAUGGUAAGGCUUACUAUCGCCGAGGCUGUGCGGUGCUUGGCAUGGCCCCGAGUGCCAGUCGGGCCAAAGAGGCCAUGGCUGCCCUGGAGACGGCAUUGUCAGGUAGAGCAUCGGGCGGCAAGGAUGGCAUUAUUUUGCCCAACGCCAUGAGGCACGAGGUGCAGCUUGGCUGCAGCGCAGCAUCAUGCCCUCGCGUGCGUUCUCAGGGAGCUCGAAGGGCAGACCAGGCUAGAGUUCUUGCAGCGUUAGAGCCGUCACUCCGCAGACAGAGUGUGACAUCUCAGAUUCAAAUUCUGAAAGCAACAUGA